CUAGAUAGGUCUAGAAAUUCAAAAUUAAGUGGCACGAGUGCCCUUAUCAUUAGUAGUCGUGCCAUUUAAAUGCCUCGUAGACUGUGAUUCUCGAAUUCCCCUUCUGCCCUCAUAAAUUUGGUUUAUACACUCUCAACCGAGUUGAAAAAGAAUGGAAUUCCGAGAUACCACCUUCAACAAGCUUCUCCAAAACCAAAUUACACCAGACGGAAUGGCUCCUUGCGUCAAUGGUUGCGUGAGAUGGGUUGAGGUGUACUUUAAAGACUGCGUCUGCGACCUCAGCAGUGGGAUUUCAUUUGGGCUGGGCCUUCUGAGCCUCUCGUGCUGGGCCAUCGCUGAGAUCCCGCAGAUCAUCACCAAUUUCCAAACCAAGUCUGGCCAUGGAGUCUCCCUAUGUUUCCUCCUCACUUGGGUCACUGGUGAUGUGUUUAACUUGGUGGGUUGCGUUCUUGAACCAGCCACUCUACCAACACAAUUUUAUUCAGCCGUGUUGUACGCGGUUACCACUCUGGUGUUAGUGGUGCAAACUAUUUACUACGAUGAUUGCUUCACCAGAUGGUGGAAGCAUAGAGGCUAUGGGCCCACAUUAGAGGUUGAUGAAGAAAGGAAGCCUUUAAACCCAGAUAAAUAUGGCCCUACCAUGCCAAUAUCUGCUACUGUGUCAACUGCAACCUCACCACAGAUGGAUGUUCAUUACACGUCAGCAACGUCUCUUGCCAACAGUGGUAGCUCUCCUUAUGGGGGAGCUUCAUACCUGAGAGUGGCGAGGAGCGGUCCAUCAGACUUUGGUGCAGCCCUUCAGGAUUUAGAGGAGGAGGAGCAUGAGCAUGAGCAUGAGCACAAGAUCAAUAUUACCAGGCCUAAGAGGAUAGCCUCACACUCGGUAGGCUAUGGAACCUUUGUCCUUGGUUUUGCAUGUUUGCCAUUUCAAGCUAAAGCUCUGAUACAGAUGGAUCUAUAUGGAAAAUAUAUUAUACAGGAAACAAUAAUGAAUGGCUUGGAAGCUAAUACUUAUGGGAUGAUUUUAGGAUGGAUUAUGGCAGCAAUAUAUAUGGGAGGUCGUUUACCUCAAAUAUACUUAAAUAUUAAGCGUGGGAAUGUUGAGGGUUUGAAUCCUCUUAUGUUCAUUUUCGCUCUCAUUGCAAAUGCAACUUAUGUUGGAAGCAUUCUUGUGAGGAGCGUGCGAUGGGACAGGUUGAAAGCAAAUGCACCAUGGUUACUUGACGCUAUAGUUUGCGUGCUACUUGACUUACUGAAAUUUAAUACAGAUCAUUGCCCAAUUUGCAUACUAUAAGCUCAGGCAGAGAUGAGCAUGAGAACUUGAAUGACAAAAAGCUCCACGUAUGAGUCGUAUGUAUAUUAAAGAGGCAGCGCGUGUAUUUGUAGUGAAUUGAUUUGAUAUAGAGAGCGGUAAGUGUCGCUUUUCGGCAUUUUGUAUCUCGAUGUAGAGAAAAGUGCUUACAUUGUACUAACAUCAACAGCCGGAUAUUUAAUGUUGGGGUUUUAUGAGUUAAGCCAUUUAGUUA